AUGCGCGAGAUCAGCAACCCGACGACAAACAUUCACUUUGUAGGACAAGUGCUCACCUUGACUCAAGAGGACGCGAGUACUUGGAUCUGGACGGGCGAGUUUGAAUCCUUCAAUGCCAUCGAUGGCGGCGAUGCUGCAAACACGUCGGCGUCAAGAAAGUCGACCCUUAUUGAGCUAUCUGCUCAGGUCACUCAGGCGGUCAAGGCCACCUUAGCACCGCAACUAUCCGAUCCGACGUGCUUCGUUUGGAAAUUCAAGUCUGGCUCACUUUCCUCGCUCACGGAAUUAAUGUGGGCUCGUGUCAAGGAGAACCAACACUUGAUACCAGUGCGGACACCUACCCCAACUUUCCCAUUGCGCGCAUCCGGUGGCGGUGAGUAUAUCUUCACGAGCGAAGAAGGGACAGCGGCCCUAGAGAUGGGGCCACAACAAGGAUGUGCCAAUUGCUUCUGCUGCGACGCAGAGGUCAGUCUGAAGAAGAUGCGAGACCACAUUGGUACGCACAUACUCGCGAAGAUGCUCUCACUACCGGAUCCGAGCCCAAAGAAGCUCAAAAUGCAGGUCGGCAAAUCACCAUGCGGCUUCUGCGGCCGGACAGGAACCUGCAAAAUAGGUCUCCGAAAAACGAGGAAUGCUCUUCGAGCCGAGUCAGACUGUCGCCUCUUCAGUCAGUUCAACAUCGCCUCGGCAGCGGUCUCAACCAAAUCGGGUCCAAGCACAAAUCGCCCUGUGAUAUGCAAGAUCUGUGAAGCGAACCGCCCGCCACAGCGGGGCAAUAAUAUUGACGACGACAUCGUAUUCUGGUCAUACAAUAUGCAGGAACACUUAGCAGCAAAGCACCCGGAUGCUCCGAUUUCUGCCAAAGACGACAUCUCGGACUCCGUGUCACGCAAUGAACGCAUCUACUGUGGACUGGAAAAAGGUAAGCCCGACGCGAAAGAGAAAGGCGACUCGGAGGCGAAGGAGACGGCUGGGAAGGAGACGGCGGGGAAGGAGACGGCGGGGCAGUCCAGUGGGAAGGGGAAAGGGAAGAAACGAAUUGCAGAGCCGGCAGACGUGAGGCCAAAGAAGAAGGGGAGGAAAGAGUAGUGUAGUCGUGUCCGCGGCCGCCGGCGAGCUCAGAGGUUUGCGGUUGCAGCUUUUUUGACGAAUAUAUGCACUUUUUUCUGCGAAAUGGGGGUAGGGGGGUGGUCUCGAGCUUUCGGCGACUUUUACAAAUAAAAAUUACCGGGGGUGGGGGGGUGGUGGGGCCUGGAUGGCGGAUUUCCUGAAAAACCUGGCAUUGUGUACGAAAAUUAAAUACCUGCCGCCCCUUGGGUUCAAGGACUCAAGUUUUCAGGUAUAAUCCCGGCAGAAGCACAUGGCAGCCGCUGCGAGUUGAUGCCCAGCAACGUGGAGACGUGCGAAGGGGUGCGCAGACUGCACCUCAUAGGUUUUCCUACAAAGCACAUAGGACCAAGACGGUCCAGGACCAUUUGUGACAUGAGAGGGCGGAGACGAUCCGCG